AUGUCCCAGCGGCAUUCAGACUCCUCCUUGGCAGACGAGGCCCCUCUGCUCUGGCGCCAGCUCAGCUCUGAGUUACAGAUCAGCGCCACUGUGGUGACCCCAGAGGGAAAGCCCAACGCUAUGGCAGCCCUGGAGAACACCGCCUUUUCCGAUGACCUCUCGCCGCCUGCCAGCGGGCCCCGCCGGAUCAUCCUCAGCACUGAGAGCCCAGUGGUGGCUCUGAAGGUGGGCACCCAGCAGCUCAUUCCCAAGGGCCUGGCCGAGUCUCCCCGAGCCAAGCCCCCCUCCCGGCACCAGAGCUUCUCGGCCGUGGUGCUGAGCAAAGAGACCUCCCCACGAUGUGACCCCAAGCGCUUGUCGGCCCCCAGCAUUUCUUUCGAAGAUCUGGAGGAGGAGCUGGGCGAGGGGACGCUGAAGCGCAACCUCCGCAACAUGUCCUACCGGGCGGCCAUGAAGGGCCUCGGGAACGCUGAGGCAUCGGAGGCUCCCAGGUUCAGCGCCACCUUGAGGCCCCUCUCGGAAGAAGCCAACGGACAAAGAGCUCGGAGCCCUGGCAGAAAUAAGAGAAACUUUGGGCGCAGGCGGAUGCAACGGCAUGGUGGCUCUUUCAAGGAUGACCCCCGCCUGUAUCAAGAGAUCCGAGAGAGGGGCUUGAACUCCAUCAGUCACGAGUCAGAUGAUGAUCUGCUGGAGGUGGAAACCAUCCCUGAGGAGCCUCCCACGGCCGACUCCGUCAUUGUGGUGAGGAACUAUCGCCCUGCCCACGUCACCUGGAGCCAACUUCCCGAGGUGCAGGAAGCUGGCAUCUUGGAGCUGAUCUCCCCUGAAGAACGGAAGAGGCAAGAGGCCAUUUUUGAGAUCAUCACAUCCGAGUAUUCCUACAUGCGCAGCCUGGACGUUCUGGUGACCCACUUCCUGAAGUCGGAGGAGCUCAAGGAGACGAUGACGCAGACGGAGCACCACCACCUCUUCUCCAACGUUGGGGAUAUCCUGGCAGCCAGCAAGAGUUUCUUUGAGGACUUGGAAAAGAGACACCAGGAGCAUCUCUUGAUCCCAGACAUCAGUGACGUCGUGGAGGAUCGGGCAAACUUCCAUUUCCACCCCUACGUCAUCUACUGUUCCAACGAGGUCUACCAGCAAAGGACCCUGCAGAAACUGCUAACCACAAACCCUGCGUUUAAAGACACGCUGAAACAAAUCGAGCGGAAGCCAGAGUGCGGCAGCCUGCCCUUGUUCUCCUUCCUCAUCCUCCCCAUGCAGAGAGUGACCCGCUUGCCUCUCCUGAUGGACACGGUUUGUCAGAAAACUCGGAUGGGCAGCGCAGCUUACAAUGCUGCCACGAGGGCGCUGAAAGCAAUAAGCAAGCUGGUGAAACAGUGCAAUGAGGGUGCCCACACCAUGGAGAGGACAGAGCAGAUGUACACACUGCAGAAACAACUGGAGUUCGGGAAAAUCAAGAACUUUCCCCUGAUUUCUGCUUCCCGCUGGCUCCUGAAGAGAGGGGAGCUUGCCCUGCCCCUGGUGGAGGAAGGGGGAAUUUUCCGGAAGGGCUCUGGACGGGGGAGCUGCUACCUCUUUGUCUUUAAUGAUGUCCUGAUCAUCACCAAGAAAAAGAGCGAGGAGAGUUACGCAGUCCUGAACUACGCCAUGCUGGAUCAGAUAUCGGUGGAAAAAAUCGAGAACCCCGAUGUUCCCUCUUCUCCCCCAGGCAAGCCGGGACCCAGCAGCAUUCCCCGUAGCGGCCACUUGUUCCGCGUGAUCAUGAACAGGGACAGCGAAGGCAAGCGGGAGGUGGUUGUGCUGGCUGCAGAAUCCCUGAGUGAUCGCGCAAGAUGGAUCACAGCUUUGAUGCACCGGGAGGAAAAAGAGAAGGACACAGCAGACAAAGGAGGUCUCAAACAGGUGGAGAUAACCAGAGCUUACCUGGCCAAGCAGACGGACGAGAUCUCCUUGCAGCAGGCGGACGUUGUCCUCGUCGUUCUCCGAGAGGAUGGCUGGUACUUAGGAGAGCGUCUGCGUGACGGGGAGAGAGGCUGGUUCCCUCAAGCCUGUGCCCAAGAGAUCACCAAUCGCAGUGCCGUGCAGCGCAACGUGCAGCGCAUGGAACGUCUGCGCAUAGAAACAGAUGUGUAAGCUGACUCCUUUUUGCCACUGGGGACGUGACGCCUUCAGCUGGGCCAGAAACGGCAAGCCUGCUCGUUGUUCCCUGUAAAGUUUUCUCCAGGUUUGGAAGAAGAUACUCCUGUCAACGUUUUGGAUCUAGAGCUGCUGUCCAAAGAUGCAAACACCCCUUCAGCCUGGCAGAUGCGGCUUGUUCAGCAAGGGGUUAGCAAAUUGGAAGCCCCCAAGCCAAAUUCACACACCCCCUCCUUUUCUGCCAAAUCCAAAGGCGACCAUUGAAAGAUCGGUGUCCGUGACAAGGUAGCUGGCUGGCAGAUGGUUUGGGGAAGAGGGGUACCUUGUACUUGCCCCUCUCUGUUGAAACUCAACAGCCCAUCAGGGCUUCAAGAGAGUCGUCUUCUGGAUCAAACCACACUUUGGCAGGCAUUUUAGGCAAUCUCUGCGAGACGCUGGUGAGGAAACAAAUGCAGACCUGCUUCUUGACAAUGGACGUGUGCCCAGUUUGCAAAGGACAGGAGCGUGCCCGUCUGCCUCUGCUUUUAUGCCAAGCUCUGCCAUCGACAGGGCGAGCUGCCCUGCAGCUAUGAUUGUCCUUGUGCUAACUGGGGUGACCUUGGAGCACAGCUGGAUUUUUUCUUUUUACUGUGCAAUUUUAGAAGUGUGAGUGCUGCAGCGUACGACGGGAAUAAACCUGAUCGUUCAGGGCUUGGAUGCUAGGA